AUGACGGACUAUAUGGCCCAGAUGCUCAAUGAGCUCAUGGGUCCACAACGUAAUGCUUUACCUGGAGAAGGCAGCGUUAUUGAUUUCGAUCAUCCCGAUGUGUGUAGAGAUUUUCUGGUCGGAUUUUGUUUAGCUGAAGCGUUUCGGAAUACAAAGAAUGACUUGGGUUUUUGUCCACAUCCGAUUCAUGACGAAGCGCUAAAGAAGCGUUAUCAAGAGAGUAGUCGUUUUGGAAGACUUGGCUAUGAGGAAAAGUACUUCGAAAGGCUCAACCGGAUGCAUAAUGAAGUAAGAAGGAAAAUUGAGAAGAACGAAGCUCGAUUGGUUCACACUAGAGCCGACACACAUGUUUCCGUCGAGGUGUAUGACAAAAAGAAACGAGAUUUGAUUGAAAAACGAGAAAUGCUUGGAAGACGCAUAGAAGGUCUCAUGGAGGAAGCUGAGAUUGAAGGCGCCCAGGGUAAUGUUGCUGCUGCCCAAACGGCAGUACAAAAGGCGGAUGAACUCACUAAGGAUCGUGAAGAAUUGAAAAAGGAGGAGGAAGUCCUAGAACAAGAGAGACAAAGAGCAAUAACUAUGGAAGAUCAACUAACAGCUGGAAAUAAACAGAUGCAAGUAUGCCAGGUGUGCGGUUGCUUUAUGCUUACCAACGAUGCUCAAAGUCGUAUCGACGACCAUCUUAGUGGGAAACUCCAUAUCGCUUAUACGAGAAUAAAAGAACAAAUCGACCUAAUGUUAAAGAACAAGGAGGAGAAGAGACUGCAGUUAGAGAAGGAGCGAGGAAGGGACAGAGAUGACAAGGACAAAAAGCGUGAUGAUCGAGACCGAAUUGAUGAUCGUGAUAGGUACCGUGAAAGGGACAGGGACCGCAAAGAGCGAGGUGGUAGAAGGGAUCGUAGCAGGGACAGAGACAGAAGGAGUUAUCGUCGUUCUCGUAGUCGUGAGCAUGACAACAGGGAUCGACGUGGCGAUCGCCGCGACAGAAGCCGGUCCUAUGACCGCAGGGUUGGUGAACUUUAUCGUGCAUUUUACCUGUAUUUCCUUACAGCAUUGGUGUCUGGUGACUAUUUGAAUAAAAAUCUCCGAACCUUCUCAUAUUCUUGA